AUGCAUAACACUCCUGCAAAUAUAGUCAAUGUUCCUAAGACCCACCAGACAUUCUGUAAGAAGUAUGGCAAACGCCAACUCCAUAAAAUGACACAGUACAAGAAGGGCAAGGAUUUUCUGUAUGCACAGGGAAAGUGGCGUGGCAAUGGAAACAGUGACUGUGGUGGGCAGACUAAGCCAAUUUUCAGGAAAAAGACUAAAACUACAAAGAAAAUUGUGCUGAGGCUUGACUGUGUUGAGCCUAACUGCAGAUCUAAGAGAAUGCUAGCUAUUAAGAGAUGCAAGCAUUUUGAACUAGGAGGAGAUAAGAAGAAAAAGGGCCAACUGAGCCAGUUCUAA